UUCGUAAUCAUUACCACUUUACAUUUUACGUUGUACCACACGUUCUCGACAAGUUGCUUGGAUAUUUACCCCCCGUAGAAGUUCCACGGACCAUGCAGCACUAUGAUCGCAGUGUGGGCUUUCUGGGAACGUGGGGCCGCUUCCAGCUGAUUGUUUUUUUCUUGCUCUGCUUCACUAUCCUGCCCAACGGGAUGGGUUCCUUCUCGUUUGUGUUCCUCACCGAUACGCCCCGACACCGAUGCCGGAUCCCCGAGGCUAACCUCAGUCUGGAGUGGCAGCAGGCUGCAGUACCUUUGGAGGUGGCGGACGGGGAGCUGCAGCCAAGCCGCUGUCGCCGCUACAGGUUGGACGUGCUCCGCAACCUGUCAGCCGGCGGGCUGCUGCCGGGCCGCGACGUCAACCUGAGCAGUGUCCAACAGGAGGACUGUGUCGACGGCUGGGUCUACAGCACCGAGAUCUAUCAGUCCACCGUGGUCUCCCAGUACGACUUGGUGUGUGGCCACCGUUGGAAACAACCCUUAACCGCCACCAUUUUCUUCCUGGGGGUCCUGGGAGGGUCCUUGAUCUCCGGAGUGAUCUCUGACAAGUUUGGCCGUAAACCGGUGUUGUUCACCAGCAUAAUCAUUCAGGCCGUGUUCACGCUGGUCCAGAUUGCCGCGCCAUCUUGGGAGGUGUUCUGCUUUUUUCUCUUUUGCAACGGUCUUGGCAGUAACUCCAACUACAUGUCCGGCUACGUGAUGGGCACAGAAAUCCUCACGGGCAACGCUCGGGCAGUUUACUCAUCGAUGGGGGUGUGUCUGGGCUUCGCCUUGGGCUACAUGAUGCUACCCCUCUUCGCUUACUUCAUUCGAACUUGGCAAAUGCUGCUGGUGGCCAUCGGAGUGCCGUGUCUCAUCUGCAUUCCCCUUUGGUGGGUACUCCCAGAAUCUCCCAUGUGGCUGCUGUCUCAAGGUCGAGUGACGGAAGCCGAGGCCAUCGUGAGAAAAGCCGCCAAGAUGAACCGAGUGGUCGCACCGGAGAAGAUCUUUGACGAUUCCAAGUCGCAAGCGGGCGAGGAGAGGCCAGUGGAGCGCUACACCGUCUCAGACCUACUGAGGAAAAGAAGCACUAUCAUGACAACCAGCCUCCUUUGCUGGGUGUGGUUCAGCAUGAGCACCUGCUACUACGGCCUGUCCCUGAACACGUCACAGCUCCACUCGGAUCCGUACAUCAGCUGCUUCCUAUCUGCCUUGGUGGAAGUUCCGGCGUACUUGAGCUGCAGUUUGGCCAUACGAUACCUGCCGCGGCGCAUGGCCGUUCUAGGCGUCUUCCUCAUUAUGGGCCUGGCGCUCUUUUCCAUCCAGCUGGUGCCUCAGAGCAUCUUGGGUGUGGCCGUGGCCUUGGAGAUGCUGGGUAAGUUUGUCGCCACGGGAGGAACGUCGCUGCUGUACGUCUUCACGGCCGAGCUGUACCCGACAAGCCUGAGGAACACGGCAUCCGGGCUCUGCCUCAUGUUGUCACGAACGGGAAGCUGCAUCGCGCCCUUUAUCAUACAGCUGAACAUCUUCUUCAAGUACGUGUCUUAUACCACCCUGAGCAUUCUGGCCAUGCUGUCAAUCCUGGCCACACUCUUCCUACCGGAGAGUUUUGGACAUCCGCUCCCAGAGACGCUUCAACAUAUGCAAAAGAGGCAAAGAGUGACUUUUCCAAAUAUCUGCGGACAAAAAAACUCCAAACCAAUAAAGGUCUGCGAAAGCCGGCUGUGAAGACUGUUUGCACACUGUAGAUUUUAUCGACAAAUUGAGGACUGCAUUGUGUAAUGUGUUAUCAUGAUAUU